CCUGUCUUCUCGCCAGAACAGCUUGAGGCUGCUCGGCUUGCUCGGCUUGCAUCACUCGAACCAUUUGUCGCCAAGCUCCCGGCUAAAUGGAUUCCGUACGCUGAGCUAAUGCGCUUGGAAAAGCCGGUCGGCACAUGGUUACUCUACUCGCCGUGCACCUGGGGGAUCACCAUGGCGGCGUUCCAGCUUUCCGCGCCAUUAGCGUCGACAUUGUGGAUGUUGGCAGUUUUUGGUGUGGGCGCAGUCGUAAUGAGAGGCGCUGGGUGCACCAUCAAUGACAUUUUGGACCGCGACUUGGAUAACAAGGUGGAAAGGACUGUGGAGAGACCAAUUGCCUCCGGUAGAGUGUCUGUGCCGCAGGCCGUAGCGUUCUUGGGGGCCCAACUCGCCGUGGGGUUGCUCGUGCUCUUGCAGUUGCCCCUCGACUGUUUUUUUCUAGGAGCCGCUUCUUUGGUGCUUGUGGGAACGUAUCCGUUGUUCAAGCGAUUCACCUACUACCCGCAGGCCGCGUUAUCCGCGUGUUUCAACUGGGGUUCCUUGUUGGGCUUUCCAGCAAUGGGACUCUGGGACUGGUCUGUUAUGAUUCCGCUUUACAUCUCUAGUUACGCUUGGUGCAUGACCUAUGAUACCAUCUAUGCUCACCAGGACAAGGCGUUUGACGUCAAGGCAGGCAUCAAAUCCACGGCUUUGGCCUGGGGUGACAGCUCUAAGAAAAUCUUUACCGGUUUGACUGUCAUACAGAUGUCGUCCUUUGCGGUUGCUGGGGCCAUGAACGGUAUGGGCCCUGGAUUCUUGGUCGGGGGCUUGAUCGGUGGUUACAGAGUGUUUAACAUGAUCAGACGAGUGGACUUAGACAAUGUCGCUGAUUGCGGUCGGUGGUUCAGAUCAAACAUCAAUACCGGCCAUGUUUUCUUCGCCGGCAUGUUUGUUGAUUACAUUUUGAGAUUGCUAGGAUUUAUCUAA